GGGGGGGAUCACGUGAGCACUCAGCUGCUGCAACAUGGCUGGCACCACAGAGAGGGGAUGAUAACCUCGGGUGAUACCGAAAACAAGCCCGCCUCCGAGCUCCACAUACACCGCUGUGUUAAACUGGGCGUCUGAGGAAAUAAUCGCAAGGGUGUGUCCGGGCUGCGGGUCGUCAAGCGCUCCACAAACCACGUGGAAACCGGGGGAGCAAACGCAAUUCCGACGACAAGAAGCAACCGACGAGCCCCCACUGUCAAGCACCAUGAGCCGGGCAAAAUAAGAAGCUUCUCGUUCUCCUGAGAUCCUGCUUUCCUGCCUGAUCGGGAUCCAAAUCAAAACACUCUAUCUAGCCACCCCAAUGGAGGUUUAAGUGGACAGGGUGCGAGUGGGGCUCGUUGGCAGCGCAAGCGGGCAUAGUCCAGCCAGCGAACGCCAGCAUGGAGUGGCUCAUCUCUGCUGUGGAGAGGGACCUGGGCAUCGACCACCGGCAGCUGGCCCCGGGUUCGAGGCGGCAGGAGCUGGUGGCGUACGUGCCGGCGAGAUGGGUGUCGGGGGUGAGGGAGGGCAGGGUCCCGCGGUGCCCACGCCCCGAGGGGGUGAGCGAGGUGGAGGUGCAGACACUCCUGCAGCGCUCCCUACACAAGCUGCCCCAGGGUUGGACCCGGGUCUGUGUUCAGGGGCUGAGGAAGAGCAGGCUGGGCUACCGGCUCACCUGGGAGCCGGGCUGCCAAGGAGUGGGCUCCUCGGAGGAUUCCUUCCUGAGGCUCAUGCAAGAGGUGGGGGAGCACAACCACAGGAACCUGUGGAGGAGGGCUCACCGGACCUACGUGCGUCCGUAUUCUGGCAGCGCUGAGCGGAUCCAAAUACAGGCCCUGGAUGCUGUGCGACAGGCUCUGCAGAAGCUGUUCGGCUGCCCCUUUGUGUCGACCGAGCGCGGCUCCCCGUUGCUGUCUCCGGCCAGGGAAAGAGAAAAGGACGACCCACUUCUAUCCAGCGGGCCCUCCAAAACAGCACCCCCCCUCUGCCCCAACGUGCUGCGUGCGGAAUGCUUGCUGGAGUCCAGAGACGCUCUGUAUGUGGUUCAGCCUUACACGCAGUAUUCCCUGCGUGACGUUGUGACCUACAGCCCCGCCAAGCUGGCGAACAGCCAUGGCAAAGUGCUGUUCAUUCUCUACCAGGUCCUGCAGGCGAUGAGGGCUUGCCAGAACGCAGGCCUGGCUUGCGGGGAGCUGUCGCUGGAGGACGUCGCUGUGGAUGAACAGCUCUGCAGCCGGCUGAAAGUCAGCCUUGUGCACUACGAGCAGCUGGCUGCUAUCGAGGAGGAGGAGGAGAGGGGUAUUGGCAGCAGAAAUGCCAGGUCCGGCAGUAAUAAUAAGAGAGAAGGAAUGGAAGAGGAGGCCCAGUGCCUGGACUGCCAUGAUAAGCUGAAGCUCCUAGUUACGGAUUGGAUCCACGGGCGGGUCACUAACUUCCAGUACCUGAUGGAGCUGAACCGGCUAGCGGGGCGCAGGGAAGGGGACCCCAACUACCACCCGGUCCUGCCUUGGGUCGUGGACUUCACCGUCCCGUUUGGCCGGUUCCGGGACCUCCGGCGGUCCAAAUUCCGCCUGAACAAAGGGGACAAGCAGCUGGAGUUCACCUACGAGAUGACCAAGCAGGCGCUGGCGGCAGCAGGGGGUGGUGCGGGGACGGGCGUCUUCCCCGGGGGGCUGGGCGGCGGCCCUGGCGGCUCAGGCCAGGUCGAGCAGCUGCACGUUCCCCACCACAUCUCGGACGUGCUCUCCGACAUCACCUACUACGUUUACAAAGCCCGCCGGACCCCCAAAGCCGUGCUGUGCAGCCACGUGCGCUCGCAGUGGGAACCCAACGAGUACCCGGCCAGCAUGGAGCGCAUGCAGAGCUGGACGCCCGACGAGUGCAUCCCCGAAUUCUACACCGACCCCUCCAUCUUCAAGUCCAUCCACCCAGACAUGCCCGACCUGGACGUCCCGCCCUGGUGCAGCUCCUGCGAGGAGUUCAUAGAGGCACACCGGCGGCUCCUGGAGAGCAGGGAGGUCUCCCAGCACUUGCACCACUGGAUAGACCUCACCUUCGGCUACAAGCUCUCUGGGAAGGAGGCGGUCAAGGCCAAGAACGUCUGCCUCCACCUGGUGGACGGCCACACCAACCUCACUAGCUAUGGAGUGGUGCAGCUCUUCGACCAGCCCCACCCACAGAGGCUGGCUCCCUGCCUGUACCCCUCCCCGGAGCCUCCCCACCUAGGCUCGGCUGCCUUCCUGGCCCCGCUUCGUAAGCUUCCUGCCUGGGAGCCGGCAAUGUCACCCCUGCUGCUGGAGAGCCUGGAGGGCCUUGUGGUGGAAGGCACCGGUUGCGAGCCCGGAGGGUGGACCGUGGUGGAUAAAGACGAGGAGCUGGAGCAAGGCAUGGAGGCUCUGGAUUCUCUGGGGGCUAAUUCGAGUUCUGCCUUGCCAGCCGGCAGGAAACCUGGAUCAGAACAGGUGCCUCAACCCUCGGCAGCUUCCCAAGCUUUAGUCUUCCCUGCUGAGGCAGCUGCCUCGCCUACAGGAGGAGGAGGGGGAGGAGUUCGAGGCCAGAGAGGAGCCAGCAGUGUCAUUAGAAGGCAGCAGCUGCAAGGAGGCGAGUCUUCGGGGGGAGGGAGUGGGGGCAGAAACGGCGAGGAUUACAAGAUCUCCCUCCCAGAGGGUUUCAACCCCCUGCAGCCUCUGGAGGAGCUGGAGAAGCGGAGUCACUUCCUGGUGAAGGGGCUGCAGGCCGAGGCCCAGGAUGGGGGAGGCAGGGGCUGCAGCAGGGUGAAGAAGCUGGUGACAGAAGGAGGAGGACCUGAGGAGGAGGAGGAGGGUGACGUCUCUCUGGAAGAGUUCAGCCCGUCUCUUUCUGAACUGUUCCAGAGAGACAUGCAAGCCCUGGGGGUCCUGAUGGCAGAGAUAUUCUUUGCCCCUAAGCUGCGCUUCUUAAAGCUGGGCGCCCCUCUCUGGGAUCGCUUUGUGGCAGUGCGGAAACUCUGCUCCUCGAGCUUCCGUGACAUUCCCUCGCCCCUUCACCAUGCCCUGGAGACCCUCUUGCAGCUCGGGACUGCGGCCCCCCGCAGCGGAGGAGGCGAGGGCGGGAGACGGCGGCUCGGUCUCUUCGAGUACGAACCCGUUUAUGAGGGUCUUCCCCCUCCCUGCCCCUGGCAGCUGCUUAGCCCUUUCUCCUCGCCACUCCCCUUCCCGGCAUACUUCCCAGCACUGCACAGCUUCAUUUUCUCAUACCACUCCCAGGUGGAAGCCAUGGCCGGGGAGAGCUGUUCCCAAGGCAGGGACGUCGUCUUCCACCUGUGGCGUCAGCUGGAAAGCCUCCUGCAGGGGCAGGUCACGCCCGAGGGCUUGGAGAUCCUUCUCCCCUUCGUGCUGGCUCUCAUGUCCCAUGAAUCCACAGCUGUCUACGCGGCCUGGUACCUCUUCGAGCCUAUCGCCAGGGUUCUGGGCCCCCGUAAUGCGGCCAAGUACCUCCUGAAACCCCUGGUGGGGGUGUACGAGAGCCCCCGCUGCCUGCGCGGACGCUUCUACCUCUACACAGACUGCUUUGUCAUGCAGCUGAUCGUCCGGCUUGGGCUGCAGCCCUUUCUGUCCAGCCUGCUGGCCCACGUGCUGCAGGUCAUGACCGGGUCUGAGAGCUGCAGCGGGGGGGUCGGGACCACAUCUGAGUGGGAGAGCCGGAAGGUCUUAACCGGACCUGGGAAUUUGGAAGGAGAGGAGGAGGAGGACGACAGUGGGGAGGAAGGCUCCAUCUCGAGGGCUGUCGGUGGGAAAUCGGGAGGAAGUAUCGGGGCUGCCGGGGGAGGAGUGGAGAGAGAGCUGCUGGACUAUUCCUCCGGGAUCAGUUUUCAUGAUCGGGUCUUGCUUUCGGAAGGAGAGGACUUCCAGAGCGGGCUUUACGUCAACAGCAAGCAGCAGGACCAGAACCCUGGCAGGGAUGAUCAGGAGUCCCUCAGCGUCGGGAAGAUGAGCGACAAGAGCAGCACCAGCGAGGUGUCCCUGGGGGACGGGGACUCUGUCAAGGAUCGAGCCAGCUUGAAGUCCACAGACAGCAGCCAGGACCUGAAGCAGGGGAGCGAAGGGGAGGAGGAUUUGAAGGAGGGUGGGGAGGCAGAGGAGAACGACGGAGACGGGUCCCCGACUCUCGGCUCGGAGCUCACUCUCUCUUCCGGGGCGACCACCGUGACUGCGCCGGAAGGAGAGACUGGAGAAGAGAUGGAGGAGGACCAGGGGAUGGAGGGAGAGGAGGAGCUGGCAGAAGAUUCAGAGGAAAAGGAGCAGAAAAUAUUACUCGACACUGUGUGUAAGACGGUGAGGUGGCUGUCGGCGAAGCUCGGCCCCACGGUGACGGCACGCUACGUGGCCAGGAACCUGCUACGACUCCUCACCACGUGUUACCUGGGCCCGGACAAGCACCAGUUUGUGUCCUCGCCGGUGGAGGAGAGCGGUCUGUGGAACGCAGGGAGCGUGGUGGGGGACCAGACUGCCAGCCCGGUGCUGGACUGCCUCAUGUACAUCGCACACCUGUACGGGGAGCCCGUCCUCACCUACCAAUACCUGCCUUACAUCAGCUACCUGGUGUCUCCACCCUCGUCCUGCCGGCUGAACACGCGCAAGGAGGCGGGCCUGCUAGGGGCGGUGGUUCUGACCCAGAAGAUCAUCGUGUACCUGUCUGACACCACCCUCAUGGACAUUCUGCUGAAGAUCAACCAGGACGUGCUCCUGCCCCUGCUGGACCUCCUCACCUCUCCCAGGAUGGGGUUCCCCAGCGGGGGGCGCACUCGCUCCGCUCUGUGUUUGAAGACGAUCGGCUUGCUGGCUCUGAUCUGCCUGCGGAUCGGGAGGGAGAUGGUGCAGCAGCACAUGGCUGCCACUCUGCACAGGUUCUUCCAGGUGUUCUCUCUGCUGCACGCCCUGCAGGAUCAGUUGGCCCAGGCUCCUCAGAGGGACCUCGGCGAUUCCGUCCUGCUUGACCUUCGCUCCCCGGACGGGUCAGAGGUCACGUGUGAGCUGUCAGCGCUGGAGGAGCUGCAGGCAGUGUUUAACCCCGAAAUGGCCUACGCAUCGUACAUCCCAUUCUACUGCCUGAUAGGUGACUCAGUGAUCCGCAGGGUGGUCCCAAACCACGAGCUGGUGUGGCGUGUGACCAGGUCCUACACGGAGCAAGUGAGCUCGGAGAAUGCAGACCCCCCUCCCGGACGCAGGGGAGAUCUGCUCACCCCUUCAGCGGGGCUCCCUCAGGGCAACGAUCCCUUCCCUCCUCCCUCCUCCCUGCACCAGCUCCCCGAAUCGGGAACCUUCGGCAGCGUGCUGGUGGGGAACCGAAUCCAGGUCGCGCUGGACUCAGAAACCAGCAGCAGCUGCAUUGGCAGUGCAGGCGGUGCUGAGGGCUGGCCCCGCCCUGGCUCCUCCUACUUCUCCUCCCCCCCUGGUUCUAGCGCCGCCUCUCCCUGGCUAGGGAGCCACGGCCCCGAGGACAGCGCCCUGAAGCAGGAGCUGCCUCGCAGCGGGAGGGCUCUCUCUGGGAACUGGCUGGCUUACUGGCAGUACGAGAUCGGGCUGAACCAGCAGGACCCACACUUCUACUUCCAUCAGAUCAGGCUGCAGAGCUUUCUGGGGCACAGCGGCCCUGCCAAGUGCCUGGCCCCGCUCACCGGAGAGGACUUCUUCCUGAGCGGCAGCAAGGACAAGACCGUGCGGCUCUGGCCGCUGUACAACCAGGGCGACGGCACGCGGGACGUGGAGGCGCGCCUCACAUACGCAGAGCACAGGAAGUCUGUCUUCUACGUGGGGCAGCUGGGGGCGCAGCAGGAGGUGGUGAGCUGUGACGGCACUGUGCACCUCUGGGACCAGAACACCGGUAAACAGAUUCGCACUUACGAAGCGUUCGACAGCAAGAACCCCAUCACCGCCCUCGCCACCAUGCCGGCGCCGCACUGCAGCGUUGUGUUCGGCUGCGCCGAUUCUGUGCUCAGAUUCAUCGACCCCAGGAAGCCCGGGCUGCAGCACGAGUUCCGGCUGGCCUAUAACAACAUCAGCGCCGGGCUGAUCCGCUACCUGACCGUCAGUCCCGGCGGCCGGACCAUCGCGGCCGGCUUCUCCUCCGGGUUCAUCGUGCUGCUGGACGCCAGGACCGGCUUGAUCCUGCGGGGCUGGCCGGCCCACGAGGGAGACAUCCUGCAGAUGAAGGCUGCAGACAGUAACCUGGUGAUCAGCUCCUCCUCCGAUCACUCCCUGACGGUGUGGAAGGAGCUGGAGCAGAAGCCUCUUCACCAGUACAAGUCCACGUCUGACCCCAUCCACGCCUUCGACCUGUACGGCACAGAGAUCGUCUCUGGAACCGUGGCCAACAAGAUCGGGGUUUACUCCAUGCUGGACGUGUCGGCCAGCCCCGCCAGCACCACCAAGCUGAGCUCCGAAAACUUCCGUGGCACCCUCACCAGCCUGGCCGUGCUGCCCACCAAGAGGCUCCUCCUGCUGGGCUCUGAUAACGGAGCCAUCAGGCUCCUGGCUUGAGCGGUGGGGCUGGGGACGCGAGCAGCUUGGCUGUUCUGUAAAGCCACCAGGGCAGCUAAUCCAGAUGCAGUAGGUCACAGGAUUAUAGGGUCACUUUUUUUUUUUUUUUUUUUUUUUAAACUGAUCAAUGAUUCUCAAAAAGUAUUGAAACGUUUCAGUGUUGUGGGAUAGGCCACAUGUGGAAAGGAGGAAUGCAUGCCGUGUGUGCACGGGGUCUUUCAGAAAUCCCAGAACAGAAGAGUGGCUUGCUGGGCAGGGCCGGGUCCUCUGGGACAAGCCGGGUCCAGAUGCAUGGCCCUGAUGAUCCGGCAGCGCUGCAGUGCGUUCUGACAGAGCAGGUCCCUAGCAGAGCAUUUCUGUAAUGAACCCCAGAGACUGCUGUGCCAGGCCUCUGGGGGUGGGGGGCUGCUGACUGCAGGGGCAUGCAACAGUAACACUGGGGCCCCCCCUUUCUGGGACUUGGUCUGAAAGCUGGCCAGUUGGCUAUAACUGCUACUGCUGUUGAGAUGUGGAGGGGGGUCGGGGGCACUGACGUUAAACAAUGCAGAACCGUGAAACCUGCCAGCUAGAGAUACCAGAUCAUGAGAAACAAGAUGCUGCCUCUGCCACAGUGCUGCUGAAUGACUCCUGUGUGCCCCGCGCUGUGCUUCUGUCUCUCUGGAGAGGAGCGAGUGUGCCUGACUCUCUCUGGAGAGUGGAGCGAGUGUGCCUGACUCUCUCUGGAGAGAGGAGCGAGUGUGCCUGACUCUCUCUGGAGAGAGGAGCGAGUGUGCCUGACUCUCUCUGGAGAGAGGAGCGAGUGUGCCUGACUCUCUCUGGAGAGAGGAGCGAGUGUGCCUGACUCUCUCUGGAGAGAGGAGCGAGUGUGCCUGACUCUCUCUGGAGAGAGGAGCGAGUGUGCCUGACUCUCUCUGGAGAGAGGAGCGAGUGUGCCUGACUCUCUCUGGAGAGAGGAGCGAGUGUGCCUGACUCUCUCUGGAGAGAGGAGCUGCUGUGCUUGAUUCGCACUGAUUUGCUUUCCCACCUGCGUGGAAAGAGUCUGCUAAAGUCUUCUCGUCCGGGUCACUUGAGACAAUUGUAAGCCAAAGGUCCAAAGGUGGAAGUAAUGAGAUGAAAUGAAAUUUUGAAUUAUGAAUUUAGAUGAACCUUUCAAUUUUGUAUUUCCUAUUGUAUUUACAGCUUAUUAAAAACAAUCUGACUCUCGUGUGUCUCUCUGUCAGUGUGUUUACAGAUUUAUCCUGAAUGAUGACUGGGUUCUGCGUUCUAUACACUGUAGUGAAGUUACUGUCACUGGUCUCUAUACACUGUAGUGAAGUUACUGUCACUGGUCUCUAUACUGUAGUGAAGUUACUGUCACUGGUCUCUAUACACUGUAGUGAAGUUACUGUCACUGGUCUCUAUACUGUAGUGAAGUUACUGUCACUGGUCUCUAUACACUGUAGUGAAGUUGCUGUCACUGGUCUCUAUACUGUAGUGAAGUUACUGUCACUGGUCUCUAUACUGUAGUGAAGUUACUGUCACUGGUCUCUAUACUGUAGUGAAGUUACUGUCACUGGUCUCUGUACACUGUAGUGAAGUUACUGUCACUGGUCUCUAUACUGUAGUGAAGUUGCUGUCGCUGGUCUCUAUACUGUAGUGAAGUUGCUGUCACUGGUCUCUAUACUGUAGUGAAGUUGCUGUCACUGGUCUCUAUACUGUAGUGAAGUUGCUGUCGCUGGUCUCUAUACUGUAGUGAAGUUGCUGUCACUGGCCUCUAUACUGAAGCUGGGUUUAUUUCCGGUGUAUCCUAAAACCGCUCUAAGAAAUUGUUAGAAGCUGAGCUUUAUGGCUGCAGACCACGCUGUGUGCACAAAGAGCAAACACACUUCUGUGAAGAAAACAAUUCACCUUUCCCACCCUGAGACACAGAAAGAAGCUGCCAACGCUUAUUGCUACAGCAAGGACACUGUCACUUCACAAUGCAGCCAUCCAGCUGCCUUUUAAUCUGCCCUGUGUUCUCUGGGAGAUUGAGGACUACAACUCCCACAGUGCACUCUGUUCUUAUUGAAUGGAAUGCUGAGCUCUUGAUUAUGUAGUUUAUAUUUUGUAAUUUUUGUUCCUUAUAUUCAGACAAAUGAAGAUAGCAGUAACCCCUCUAGCAAUCACACUUUUCACACUUGCCAGCCCAAAAGAUGAAUAUAACUCGAAGAGCUGGAGAGAACUCCCAUUGUAGGAUUUCAUUUGACGCUGUGGAAAAUCACCAGCUGCUGUUCCAUAAAAAGCCAGGAGCUAAUUCAAGACUGGAUAAAGAAAUUGAAAAUCUGUCUGUAAUACAAACCGGAGAGACUUUAAUAACAGUAAGAGAAUGAAACCAGUCUAGUGUGUGUGUGUGUGUGUGUGUGUGUACACCCGAGCAAUACUGUACCCCUACUGUACCUUGAACAACUGCCUUCCGAACCCUCCAACAUCUCUCAGGGUUAGGCUAAUGUUCAACCAGAUGCUCUAUCUCAAUAUUUACUAAAAAAAUAACUUGAGCAAACAGCGAUCGAUGGAAGUUGUAUAUUAACAGUGUCAGUGGCCGUCCCAGUCAACACUGAAGACAGGAAGUCCAAACUGCUGCACAGCAGCCAGCUCUCUCCCCUCUUUGUAAACCUCAGCUGGGAUUAGCAGGACCUCCAAGCACAGUGAGAAGAUUAUACUGUCUGCCCAUCCUGCUUCUGGUAACAGUUCCUCUAUCGAGUGUGUGUCUGCCCCGCAGGUGAAGAGUGAUGGACUCUCCCCUCCUCGUUGUGCUCCUGCUCUGCCUCGCCAGUCCAGGACGAAC